AUGUUGCCCACAGAAAAGAAAACUACCAAGCCCAACCAAAGCAGUGCCUCCAGAUUUCCCCCCACACAACGUUCUACUCCAAUCCCAGUUCUGAGCUCCAAUCCCAUUCCCAGCAGCAUGGUUUCCGCAAUCUUCACUUCUUUAGCCCAGUCCUCUGUGCACGCUCUCUCUUCUCCUUCCAAGUUAUCAUCUUCACUGAGAACUCCAGUCGGAAUCGCGAAGUUGGUAGCUCCAGGAAGGCUAAUUCGGGUUUCUAACCGAGGAUUGCGCCCUGUUUGCUUCUUCAAUGCUGGAGAAGAGAAGUCGAAGACCAAACUUGAGCCUAAGGAGAGUGGAUUGGAUUGGCCUGCUUUCAAGAGAUGGGACGUGCCAUGGGAGUGGCCAACUGUUUCAUUAACAUCACUUGCCUGUGGAAUUAGUUUUAUUUUGACAGGGUUCGUGGAGGUUGAGACACUGCCAUUUCUGGGAAUUAAAUUUGAACAGUUGAGUUUAGAUGAGAAGGCUGAGAUAUUAUUUUUGGAUCAAAGUCUAACAACAGCAGUUGUACUUGGAGUUAUGUAUAGUAUUACGAAGAGCUUUGGACCGCUUCCUGAAGAUAUCUAUCGCUAUGAUUUCAAGGAACCCUUCAACCUACGAAGAGGCUGGUUAUUGUGGGCUGGAAUAGGUCUUGGAAGUGCUGUGCUUGCCAUUGCAUUGACAGGAUUUGUUGUCUCUACUUUUAAUGGCGAGACUCAAGAACGUGAGGCUGAUGCUCUUGUUCGGCUUCUUCCACUGAUCGGAUCCUCAGGCAUCAGCACUGGUUUACUGCUAGUAAUCACGGGUGUCCUUGCUCCAAUUUUGGAGGAGAAUGUCUUUCGAGGAUUUUUCAUGGUUUCUCUUACGAAGUGGGUUCCAACACCAAUAGCUGUUGUGAUUAGUGCAGCAGUAUUUGCUCUAGCACAUCUAACUCCAGGAGAGUUUCCCCAACUGUUUGUCUUAGGAACUCUGCUUGGAUUUUCCUAUGCUCAAACACGGAACCUUCUUACUCCAAUUACCAUUCAUGCUUGCUGGAACUCUGGCGUGAUCUUGGUUCUUACCUUGCUUCAGCUCCAAGGAUAUGAUAUCAAAGAAAUAUUGCAAGCAACCCAAUAAGGGAGAAUAGGAGGCGGGAGUUACAUGAUGCAAUAAUUUGUUGGAAAAGAAUUGAAAAACUCUAACAUAUUUUGCCUAUUGCCGAAGGAAAGUCCAGCCUAUCAUUUCUCCCUCUUCCCUUUUGAUCCGCAGCAGGCAAUUGAUCUUUCUUCCUCAGAGAUAUCUGACUGCUAGCGGUUGACUGGCCGAGUUAUAGUCUUCUUCCCAUUCUUUUCUUAAUUUCUUCCAAAUUACGGCGACUGGAUAGUAAAUUUCCCUUUUUGAUUCAAUGGUUGUAUUUCUUCUUCGUUAUUCUGGUAGUUGUUUUAUGGUUCUCUGUUAUCCUAUAUACUUUGAUGUAAACAUGUAACAUAUAAUUUAAAG